GGUCUCCUGAGUCAAGAAAAACAAGACGAAUGAGAGGCACUUUGUCCAUUUCUUUAUUCUAUUUGCGUGUUUGUGUUGGAUAUUGAUCCAUGGCCUUGUUUAAAUGCAUUCCCAAGUGGUUGGUUCUGCCAUUGGAGAGAGUGGUCUCUCAGUGUGAGCUUUCUAUUCCUUUUGUCCAGUUGACUUUGGAAACCUUGAGUUGAAUCUUUCCUGAGGACUGAAGGAAACCUGAAAACAAGCAUGAGGACAUUGCAGAUUUGGGGCUGUUUACUGCUCCUCUGUGCCAGUUCCCAGACGGAUGGUGACUAUCGUGUCUGGAUGCUUAGAGGAUCUGAUAAGCGUUUUGCGCAGAGUGGCUCAGUUAUGGCAACCUUCGAUUACCUGUCAGUCAUUCUUUGCGCGGGAGAAUGCAGCAAGAGGACCGGUUGCUACUCAUUCAACCAUGGGGGUCCUGCGAGAACAUGCGAGCUACUCAACACUUCUCCCAUUUUCAAUGGAACAGCUUCAAUGGUGGCGCAAAUCGGAUGGAAAGUCUACACCAACGCAGCACCGAAGCUGUGUCCUCCUGGGAGUGCUGUGAUACCUUACGAUGUCCCAAAUAAUCAAGGCACGCAGGACGCUGAGGGAUACACCUGCAGUGGUCAUUCAUACUUCUUGGACCAACUCCAGAAAGAAUGCAGGCUGAAGUUCUACAAAGACACAGAUAUACCUGGUAACGACGUAGCUGCUUACCAAGGCCUUACCGAUUCCUACCACGAAGCCCUUAGACACUGCUAUGUCAACAAGUGCGCGGAAGUUGCCUGUGAUGGAGCUCUGAAUCUCGUGUGAAUCAUAUAGUUGAUUGUUUUGCUUUGUUCUGAUGGCGUGUUUCUAUUCUGCAAAUUACAGCGAAGUGUUGGUUGAAGGCACAACCAGCAGCUGUCACAGGGAGUCAAAUGCAGGUCAAUUCUCAGCGCAAUUACUGGAAGGCAAUCUGCCAAUAAAAUUCCAAAACAAGCAGCAAUUCAAUAAGCCAUCACUCAACGAACACAGUUGCGGGCACACUGCACUAUUCUGAGUAUUCUCUCAU